UGUCUCUCAGACAAGCGGAGUUUUUGGCCGCCUGGAUUAUAAAACAGUGUCUAAUGAUGACCCGGCGAGGAUAUAUAUAUCUUACCUUCUUUUUCCCCACUUCAAACACAAAUACCAAUUCCUGAAUGAGACGAAGCAUAUACUUUGCGGUGGUCCUCUUUGGGGCCAUAGCCUUGUAUUUAGGUUCAAUGUAUCUCCUCUCGCAACCCGGUAGACCUUCGUCUAUCGCUUCUCAGCAAAAAGUCGAAGGACAAGCGCUGGCGCAACAGGACGAACUGAGUAACGGACUCCAAGUACCAAUUGACACCCACUCAAAGAACGGCGGUAUCAAUGAAUCAAGAAAGGCGAAUGCUGUUAUCGUCGUUUUAUGCCGAAACGAUGAACUAUUACCCAUGCGGCGUACCUUGCGAGAAUUUGAAGACCGGUUCAACCGAAAGUACCAGUAUCCCUAUGUAUUUCUCAACGACGUGCCGUUCAGUGAUAAAUUCGUUCGAUCCAUUUCAUCAAUGACAGACGCCAAAGUUGAAUUCGGUCUCGUACCUUCGGAGAUGUGGUCGGUUCCAUCGUUUGUCAAUGAAACACUGAUGCAGUCGCAGUUACAAGAUUACGCUGAUCGCAAUAUCAUGUAUGGCGGUUCCUUGUCCUACCGUCACAUGUGCCGCUUCAAUUCCGGCUUUUUUUAUCGACAUCCUUUGCUACAAAAAUAUGAUUAUUACUGGCGUGUUGAACCUGGCGUGCAGUUUUACUGCAAUCUAGAUUAUGAUCCUUUUGAAUACAUGCAACGCGAAGGCAAACUUUAUGGUUUCACAAUCACGCUGCAAGAGAUACCAGAGACGAUCCCCACUUUAUGGGAGCACACUCUUCGAUUUGCUCAUCAGAACAACAUCAACACCACUCUACUCGGAUUCUUCGGCAGUCCCGAGGCAGGAUACAAUAUGUGCCAUUUCUGGUCCAAUUUUGAGAUCGCCAGCCUUAAUUUAUGGCGAGACGAACGAUACCAGAAAUACUUUGAUUACCUCGACCAAACAGGCAACUUCUUUUACGAGCGUUGGGGUGACGCCAUCGUCCACAGUUUAGCGGCCGGUCUGUAUCUCAACAAGACGCAAGUUCAUUUUUUCAACGAUAUCGGUUAUAAGCAUGAUAACUUUGCUCAUUGUGUGGACGACGGUAUCUAUGGCAGUUGCUUAUGCCCAGAGGAUGUAUCCAACUUUGAUACCAUGUGGGGAUCCUGUCUUCCCAACUGGUUGCAAUAUCCAGACAGCGGAAGACGAUGGGAUUUCUUGGCCAAUGGUGAUCAGGUGUUGGAUGAAUCUCGAACGAUUCAUCGCCCAGACCUGGUCCAACCAGUACGUUAACUUCAGACAGAUGGCGAUUUGUCACAUUAUACUACGCAUCUCAUCCCCCUUCACGGCAUCUGUUACAUAUACGCCUUUGCUUCCCCCCUCCCUUGUUUCAUGUAUAUUACAUAACUUGUUUUACUGUUUUAGUUGUUCGGAUUUCCUACGGACACGACAGUCCGGCACGACAGUCCGGCACUAGAUUUCAUGCCAUUCACGUGAUGUACACGACACUCACGUGAUGCACACGACACUCAUGAUGACGGAUACGACACUCAUGAUGCUAUGCCUAG